CGUCACAAGCGCGACUAAGCUAGGUUCAGACAUCCUUUGGUUGGAGCAGCUAGCGGCAUCAUGGAUCCUCUGCCGGCUUCGGCGGGCUCCCGCGGGGAGCUGGGCCGCCUACUCCAGGCGGUGCUAACGAGCCGCGGCCAGGCCAACGCGGUGUUUGACAUCCUGGCGGUGCUUCAGUCCGAGGACCCUGAGGAUAUCCAGGAAGGAGUGCGCACGUGCAGCCGACUCUUCGGUACCUUGCUGGAGCGGGAAGAGCUGUUCGUGGGAUCGCUGCCGCGGGAGGACACGGUCCUGGCAGGGUCCCAGGAAGCCACACAAAAAUACAAGGUGUGGAUGAGACACCGCUACCACAGCUGCUGUAACCGCCUGGAGGAGCUACUGAGCCAUCCCUCCUUCCAGGUCAAGGAGCUGGCCCUCAAGACACUCAUGAAGUUUGUGCAGCUGGAAGGAGGGAAACCCCUUGAGAAGCCCCAGUGGGAAAGUCACUACCUCUUCCCCCGUACACUCUUCAGGUCAGUGGUAGGCGGCCUGCUCAUACCCGAGGAUGACCAGAGCCUGCUUAUCUCCCAAUUCUGUGAGUACUUGGAAUAUGAUGACAUCCGGUACCACACAAUGCAGGUGGCCACAAGCACUGUGGCCAGAGCCACCAGCCAGCAACCUGAGGUGUCACUCACCUUCUGGAACAAUGCCUUCAUGUUGCUAUCUGCCGUGAGCCUGCCCCUCCAGGAGCGUGACCUCACCAACUUCUAUGUGCAGCAUGCAGAGACGUCAGACAAGUGGAAGGUCAUUCACUUGAAGGAGCACAGAAAAGCGUUCCAGGAGAUGUGGCUUGGUUUCCUCAAGCAUAAGCUGCCCCUCAGCCUCUACAAGAAGGUACUGGUGACUAUGCAUGACUCCAUCCUGCCUCACCUGGCUCAGCCCACCCUCAUGAUUGACUUCCUCACAAGUGCCUGUGAUGUGGGUGGUGCCAUCAGCCUCCUGGCCUUGAAUGGGCUUUUCAGCCUGGUCCACAAACAUAACCUGGAAUAUCCUGAUUUCUACCAGAAGCUCUAUGGCCUCCUGGAUCCAUCCAUCUUUCAUGUCAAGUACCGAGCCCGUUUCUUUCACUUGGCCGACCUCUUCCUUUCCUCUUCCCACCUCCCUGCAUACCUGGUGGCUGCCUUUGCAAAACGCCUGGCCCGGCUGGCCCUAACAGCACCUCCUGAGGCUCUGCUCAUGGUCCUGCCCUUCAUUUGCAACCUGUUGCGUAGACACCCUGCCUGCCGAGUUAUGGUGCACCGUCCACAGGGCCCUGAGCUCAGUGCUGACCCAUAUGACCCACUGGAGAAGGACCCUGCCAGGAGCCAGGCAUUGGAAAGCUGCUUGUGGGAGCUGCAGACUCUCCAGCAGCACUACCAUCCUGAGGUGUCCAGAGCUGCCAGUGUCAUCAACCAGGUGCUGUCUGACCCCGAGGUUAGCAUUGCAUCGCUUCUGGAACUUACUGCAUAUGAGAUCUUUGAGCGGGACCUGAAGAAGAAAACAGCUGGGUCAGUGCCUCUGGAGUUCAUCCCAGCCAAAGGCCUGCUGGGCAGACAGGAUGACCUCUGUGCCCAGUUCUUCACUCUCAGCUGACCUGGCUGUUGCCUAAUCUAAGGAUUUUCUUUUUGUGUCUGAGACAGGAUCUCACUGUGUAGCCCAAGCUGGCCUGUAACUUGUGGGCCUCCUGCCUCAGUUUCCCCAGUGCUGAGGUUACAAGGAUACACCACCAUGCCAUGCCUGGGUUGAAAUAAAUGGUUUUUUAAGGGA